AUGGCACGGUUCGGCUUGCCCGCGUUUCUCUGCACCCUGGCAGUGCUCAGCGCCGCGCUGCUGGCUGCCGAGCUCAAGUCGAAAAGUUGCUCGGAAGUGCGACGUCUUUACGUGUCCAAAGGCUUCAACAAGAACGAUGCCCCCCUCCACGAGAUCAACGGUGAUCAUUUGAAGAUCUGUCCCCAGGGUUCUACCUGCUGCUCUCAAGAGAUGGAGGAGAAGUACAGCCUGCAAAGUAAAGAUGAUUUCAAAAGUGUGGUCAGCGAACAGUGCAAUCAUUUGCAAGCUGUCUUUGCUUCACGUUACAAGAAGUUUGAUGAAUUCUUCAAAGAACUACUUGAAAAUGCAGAGAAAUCCCUGAAUGAUAUGUUUGUGAAGACAUAUGGCCAUUUAUACAUGCAAAAUUCUGAGCUAUUUAAAGAUCUCUUCGUAGAGUUGAAACGUUACUACGUGGUGGGAAAUGUGAACCUGGAAGAAAUGCUAAAUGACUUCUGGGCUCGCCUCCUGGAGCGGAUGUUCCGCCUGGUGAAUUCCCAGUACCACUUUACAGAUGAGUAUCUGGAAUGUGUGAGCAAGUAUACGGAGCAGCUGAAGCCCUUCGGAGAUGUCCCUCGCAAAUUGAAGCUCCAGGUUACUCGUGCUUUUGUAGCAGCCCGUACUUUUGCUCAAGGCUUAGCGGUUGCGGGAGAUGUCGUGAGCAAGGUCUCCGUGGUAAACCCCACAGCCCAGUGUACCCAUGCCCUGUUGAAGAUGAUCUACUGCUCCCACUGCCGGGGUCUCGUGACUGUGAAGCCAUGUUACAACUACUGCUCAAACAUCAUGAGAGGCUGUUUGGCCAACCAAGGGGAUCUCGAUUUUGAAUGGAACAAUUUCAUAGAUGCUAUGCUGAUGGUGGCAGAGAGGCUAGAGGGUCCUUUCAACAUUGAAUCGGUCAUGGAUCCCAUCGAUGUGAAGAUUUCUGAUGCUAUUAUGAACAUGCAGGAUAAUAGUGUUCAAGUGUCUCAGAAGGUUUUCCAGGGAUGUGGACCCCCCAAGCCCCUCCCAGCUGGACGAAUUUCUCGUUCCAUCUCUGAAAGUGCCUUUAGUGCUCGCUUCAGACCACAUCACCCCGAGGAACGCCCAACCACAGCAGCUGGCACUAGUUUGGACCGACUGGUUACUGAUGUCAAGGAGAAACUGAAACAGGCCAAGAAAUUCUGGUCCUCCCUUCCGAGCAAUGUUUGCAACGAUGAGAGGAUGGCUGCAGGAAACGGCAAUGAGGAUGACUGCUGGAAUGGGAAAGGCAAAAGCAGGUACCUGUUUGCAGUGACAGGAAAUGGAUUAGCCAACCAGGGCAACAACCCAGAGGUCCAGGUUGACACCAGCAAACCAGACAUACUGAUCCUUCGUCAAAUCAUGGCUCUUCGAGUGAUGACCAGCAAGAUGAAGAAUGCGUACAAUGGGAACGACGUGGACUUCUUUGAUAUCAGUGAUGAAAGUAGUGGAGAAGGAAGUGGAAGUGGCUGUGAGUAUCAGCAGUGCCCUUCGGAGUUUGACUACAAUGCCACUGACCAUGCUGGGAAGAGUGCCAAUGAGAAAGCUGACAGUGCUGGUGUCCGUCCUGGGGCACAGGCCUACCUCCUCACUGUCUUCUGCAUCUUGUUCCUGGUUAUGCAGAGAGAGUGGAGAUAAUUCUCAAACUCUGAGAAAAAGUGUUCAUCAAAAAGUUAAAAGGCACCAGUUAUCACUUUUCUACCAUCCUAGUGACUUUGCUUUUUAAAUGAAUGGACAACAAUGUACAGUUUUUACUAUGUGGCCACUGGUUUAAGAAGUGCUGACUUUGUUUUUUCAUUCAGUUUUGGGAGGAAAAGGGACUGUGCAUUGAGUUGGUUCCUGCUCCCCCAAACCAUGUUAAACGUGGCUAACAGUGUAGGUACAGAACUAUAGUUAGUUGUGCAUUUGUGAUUUUAUCACUCUAUUAUUUGUUUGUAUGUUUUUUUCUCAUUUCGUUUGUGGGUUUUUUUUUCCAACUAUGAUCUCACCUUGUUUCUUACAAGCAAACCAGGGUCCCUUCUUGGCAUGUAACAUGUACGUAUUUCUGAAAUAUUAAAUAGCUGUACAGAAGCAGGUUUUAUUUAUCAUGUUAUCUUAUUAAAAGAAAAAGCCCAAAAAGCAGUAAAAUUUCCAUUUCUCCCUGUUAUUUUAGUUGCCUUAUCUGGAGAGAUGUGGAGGUGAUUUUCUUUUUUUUUUUUUUAAUUAUUAUUAAGUUAGGACAGAAUGUGAGGGCACAAGCAGGCUUCUGAGCCACUUGUCAGAUUGUAUUCAAAGCAUCAAUCCAAGAAGAAGUUUAUACGUACUUCAUUUAUUGGUGAUAAUUGGAAGAGACUGCAGACUACUGCUUUGAAUGAGUUGAAUUACGUAAGCUAAGAUCACUAUAGGUCCAUUUCUUGAACCCACUUAUACAUAAAAUGUAACCCAUUUAGAAAAAGAUUCUGGAUAUCAUUCCCUUUGAAAGAGAAAGCAUUCAGGAUGUCCCAGUUAUCACAUGUUCACACUUGGGUUUGGGGGUGUUUUUUUAAAAACCAGGCAGGUUAGCUAGCCCACCGUGUGCUGGUUUUCAUGUUCACACUGACCCUAUUUGAAUUAAUAUCCUAAUGGCAGCAAUAAGUGACCAGCAAUCUCAUUUAAUCCCCUUUGUUAGAGUGGUCGAGAUUUCAAACCCAACUAUGUACAGGGAGCUGUCUGAGAGCUAGCCAGAACUGGGGUAUAGCCUGGGCUCAGGGAAUAGCUGUCAACACUCGGGCAAAGUUUUUGUCUGUGCAUGUGUAUCUCCAUUUGUUUUGAGAUCCCAGUUUUUGUUUUAAGAGAGUAUAAGGUGUCUCAUUUGAGUCUUUUUCUUACCCAGCCCCCUCUUAUCAGUAAAACAAAUGACUUGCCAUGGUUCACAGCAAUGUGCUGCGAUCCAAGAUAUCAGCCAAGGAGCCCACUUAGGGGAGAACUAGGUGUCCAGAUUUUUGUACGUGUUGUUUUUCUUGGGGGAUGGGGUGGGGUGGGAGUAGGUAGAGCUGAGAAUACUACAUCUUAGUGGUGACCUUUAGCCACAUGGGUGAAGUGGCAAAGGCCAUGGCCAUAUCUGUUGUCCCAGGCCAAAGACUAACAACUGCCUUGGGAAUCCCUUCCUUGUGUCCUUACCAAAUGAUAGCUCAUAAAACUGUGAUAAUGUAACAAAUCACUUUCAAAGGAGUUCCCAGAAGUCUUCAGAAAGACUAAAAUUCUGUCUCUUCCUGCUUUAGACAGCCAUUAAGAUCCCAACUAAUUUUACCGAACCUAAAACCCACAAAGAGGUUGUUUGUGUUAUUGUUCAAUCUUCAGUUGUAAGAGUAAUUCUCUAUUUUUAUAUUGAAACAUAAUUACUUGAUAGCUCAGGGUCUACAUUUCAUUCAACUUUUUACACCAAAUUCUGCAGAGUGGUCAGAAUGGAAUAUUGGGGGCUGUUGUAAACAGAGGCUUAAUUUUAUUAGAAGUAGCCAGUUAUUUAUUAAAGCAUGAUGUUAAUAAAAUAGGCAUAUUCUGGCUGUUGUGUAUAAGUGUUUUUUUUUUAAAACAAA